UGUUGUUGUUGGGAAGUUGAAGCCACCUCUUCAUCCUAUUCGGUACAGCGAGCUUUGCAGAUUGUCGGGGUUGAUGUAAUGGACCUACCGGUGACAGAAAGUGGUAACAAGCAUGUGCUAGUAUUUCAAGACUUUCUUACUAAAUGGCCAAUGAUUUAUCCUAUUCCUAAUCAGCAAACUGUUCACAUUGUUCGAUUGUUUGCUGAGCAGGUUGUCCCCAUGUUUGGUGUACCAGAGGCUUUGUUGUCUGACCGGGGUACGAAUCCGUUAUCGCACCUAAUGCUGGAUUGUUGUCAGUUACUUGGAAUGAAAAAGAUUAACACUACUGCUUACCAUCCCGAGUGUGAUGGUAUGGUUGAGAGAUUUAAUCGGACUUUGAAGACCACGAUUCGGAAACGCGUAGAUCAGUUUGGUGUCCAGUGGGAUGAACAUUUAUCUGGAUUGCUUUGGGCAUAUCGAAAUGACCUCAUGAGUCGACGGGAGAGAAACCUUUGUUCUUGCUAUAUGGUUUUGAUUGUCGAUCUCCGACUGAAGCUGCUUUACUACCGUCGAGGGAGAUCCAGGCCAGCGAAGUUUCUGAUUACCGUGAGGAGCUUGUCUUGUCACUGUCACAUGCGCGUCAAAUAGCAAUCAGUAGUAUUCAGGUCGCCCAGAGGAGAUACAAAGAGCAAUACGAUAAGAACGCAUCCACAGAUAUUAGUUUCAAGGUAGGGGACUGGAUUUUGAUUCGUUUUCCUCAGGAGGAGUCUGGAAAGUUACGGAAGCUGUCUCGCUUUUGGCAUGGGCCCUAUCGAGUUGCAUCCUGUGAAGAGCCAAACGUGACUGCUACUAAGGUAUAUUUUUCGGCUGAUCCUCCUGUUCAGGUUCACUCUUCUAGAGUGUGUGGAUGUCCAUCUGUGUUCCUUGCUGGUUAUUGCUGGUAUUGUAACAAGCGCCGUGCCCCAAGGUCGUCCAGGUAAUGCAAGCACAGUCUCUCAGGAUCAGGAACCGAUGAAAGUAACCGACCUUCCAAUCAAGCCGCCCACCACAGAACAAUGACCUGAAAGGAAGAAUUUAACUGUCCAGCAACCAGACUCGUUCUGUGAUGAACAGAAUUCUAAGCUUUCUCCGGGAGCUAAACGAUAUGGUUUACGAAGAGCCAGGAAACCUCCCAAUAGAUACAUGUAACUCGGGGCGAAUAACCUUGGGGAUGAGGUGGUGUAGCAGACUGUUUAUUAUAAGUAGAUUAGAAUUAGAGGUAGUGCGCAUGUGUGGCAGAAUGACUGGAUAUAUAUGGGUGUGGCACGCCCAGGUUUGACAGUCUAACGUUAGUGCCUCUUGAGUUCGUUAGAGAAAAGUGUCCGUCCUGCAAUAAACCCGAAUAGAGCGUACGGCCCGUGUUAUACAGGUGUGACAGUACAC